UAUAUUUACAAAAUUACAAGUGGAGACUUCAUGAUGGUACCCCCAAUCACAAGUAGACAACAACUUCAAGUAUUCUUUAUAUUCCCUCUUCCUUCCAAACUCUGCUCUCGAUUCUCUCACGACCCUGUUAAAGAACCGUACUACCACUGAAUUUUGAAUCGUCUCUUCCAUUCUCACCCACUUUUGCUUGAACCCCCAAUCACCAUUUUCUCUCUGUUUUCUUGUUGCUAAGAAAGAAAAGGAAACAAUACUUUCCCGCCUUUUAUCACCCAGAUUCUCCAGAAUCAAUAUCUUUUCUCAACUGGUUUCUUUCGACAAGUUUUAUUUCACUUUAGUUGAAGUUUUGGAGUGUGGCACUACCUAUUCUCACUUUUUGAACCUUCAAUUCUUCAAAAUAUUCCAACGUCUCUUUCAAAUUCAGAAAUUUAUAUGGGUUUUGCAAUUUUCUUUUGUUUUUAGUUCUGUCCUGGUUUGUGGUUUAGUAUAAUAUGUGAUUGGCUGGGUCUAGGGUUUAUCUGUGAGCUGCAAGAUCUAUGCUUUUUCUGAUUUUUUCCAGAUAUUCUUGAUUCCGAAAAGGUGAGUCUUUUCUAGAUUCUUCAAUUUAUGCUAUUUUGAAAAAAGGGUAUUCUGAUUCCCAGUAAAUGAUUCUGAAUUUAAUGCCUUUUGGGUCAUUAUAAUCCCUCACACUUUCUCUGCAUACUAAAUAUUUCUUCAAUGUCAUCAAAUUGAAUGCUUGAAUCAAUUCUAUGGAUUGAAAUGUCAAAUUAUAGCAAAUUGAGGGAUAUAGACUUGAGGGGAGAAGGGUUUGAAACACUCGUGGACAUGGAAAGUCUGAGUCCGUCUUCGUAUUUGAAUUGUUUGAUGCAAGAGAGCAAGAACACCAAAUGGACUAAAGAAGAGAACAAGAGCUUUGAGAGAGCUCUUGCCAUGUUCGAUAAGGACACUCCGGAGAGAUGGCUAAAUGUGGCAGCCAUGAUCCCUGGAAAGUCAGUGUUUGAUGUGAUAUGGCAGUACCAGAAAUUGGAAGCAGAUGUUAAUGAUAUAGAGGCUGGGUUGGUUCCAAUUCCGGUGUAUUUGACAUCCUCUUUCACAUUGGAGUUUGUAGAUAAUCGCGAAUUUGAUGCCUUAAGAAAGAGGUCUUCCACGGGGGAGAGGAAAAAGGGGGUGCCUUGGACAGAAGAUGAGCACAGGCGGUUUCUGAUGGGUCUUGAAGUGCAUGGUAAAGGGGACUGGAGACAUAUCUCUAGGAAUUUCGUAAUCACCAAAAACCCCACUCAAGUGGCAAGCCAUGCUCAGAAAUAUUACAUGAGGCAGAAUUCGGGUGGAAAAGAUAAGAGACGACCCAGCAUCCAUGACAUCACAACUAUCCAUCUCGCGGACGCUACUCAAUCCAAUUAUAAUGAAUCUCUGUUGUGUGACAAGUCCAGUCCGCUUUCACCACCAACGUCGGUCCCCAGCACACCAAAAAUAUUACUCAACUGGAAUGACUCCAAUGAUGGAGUAGUGAUGGUUUUUGGCUCAACUCAUGCCAACUCAUUCAUGCAGUAUCCACAUGAGAUUGCUCCACAUGGUCUUAAACUACAGGGAGGUGCUCGUCAUGGAGCUCAUAUCGGACCUCACAAUUCAAUGUUUCAGAUCCAAUCCACAAGUGUCCACACUGAGGUUGCGUACGUUUUACGAAGUUUAGCCUGGUUCAGUUGAAAAACAGAGCUGUUCUACCUGUAAAAAUGCUGACAAGACUAUGAUAAAGGUGCGUUUUCAUUAGGUGGAAAAUAACAUCUACCCGGGAGUGGGUAGAUAAAUAUAUCACUAUUUUAAUGGUUGAUAAAAUGCUAGUCCUCAGAUGAUAAGUGAUCUGAACAAAUUUUUAUGUUUGCUAAUGUGCUGUGACUGUGUUUGUUCCCUUUAGUUGCUACUACCACCGUUGUUGCUGAUACAACUAUUAAAUGAAAAAGCCAAAGUGCCAGCACACGUCAUUUUGCAUGUAUCAUCUUCUAAAACCACACAUUAAUCAGUAACAUGAUUACUUUUAUUCACAUUUCUUUUUGGUAAAUGACAAAACCACCAACUUUUAUUUUUAUUUUUAUUUUUUUCAAUUUUUAUUAUUAUUUUAUAGGAUCAGCCGCUCUGCAAGUUGCGAAGAAAGCAUUUUGGCC